GCUACAAUGCUGAUCUCAGUAAAAAUUCUGUUGAUUUCAACUUUGUUUAGUUCACUACUCUUUGGAAUCACUGGAGUAAAAGGUGUAGAAAUAACUACAACAAAAAAUAUUGCGGAAAUUUUCAAAAAAACAGAAAACGUAACCAAGCGUUGGAAUUUUGCGGAAAACCCAUACUCAUUUAAUAAUAGUAAAGAAAUUUUCAAUCCCAAAUUAAAUAAUACCUCCUUUGGGGAUACUUCAAAUAAAAUUCAAGGAACAACAGACAUAUUUAGGAAUUCUUCAACAGAUUAUUCUGGUACUUUAACAUCUACAGCCAUGGUUUCUACAAGCUCUUCCCCAGCCAGUAGCUUUGUUUCAAGAGAACUGCCACAAAACUCAUCUGAAAAUUUUUUACCAGUUUCAACAACGCCCACAACUACACCUACUGUAUUUUCUGAAAACGUGACUUCUUUCACCAGUGAUACCAUGAAAACUCCUGAAAACAGUUCCAUUUCAAUUGGUAUCACUCCAGUACCAAACACCACCUCUGAAACUCCUAUGACAAGGACACCAGAAGAAUGGCUUACUACAACCAAUGAGAACAUCCCCUAUCAAGAAACUACCCCUUAUCAAGAUAAGACAACUCCACGACAGACCACAACCUUCACCAAUAAUUCAAAAAUAUUUUCGAAUACAUCUGACUCUCAAAAAGAGAACAGAAAUACAGGAGUAGUAUUUGGGGCCAUUUUAGGUGCAAUUCUAGGUGCUUCAUUUCUCAGUCUUGUUGUUUACCUCUUAUGUGGGAAAAAGAAAACGGAUUCAUUUUCCCAUCGACGACUCUAUGAUGACAGAAAUGAACCAGUUCUGCGAUUAGACAAUGCACCUGAGCCUUAUGAUAUGAGUUUCGGAAACUCUAACUAUUACAACUCAAGUAUGAAUGAUCCAUACAUUUCAGCUGGCCAAGAAAAUGCACGAGACAGCAUCCCUAUGGAUGACAUACCUCGACUUAGUAACUCAGUAUAA